AUGGAGGCUCCAACAUAUGCUCCGACUCCACUAAGGAAGGUGAGCCAGCCAACCGAUCGCACCUGCGACAAGUGCUAUCUCCGGAAGAUAAAGUGUGAUCGACAGCAGCCACGAUGCUCCCAAUGUGUCGCCGACAUGUCAGAGUGCACUUACAAAGCCCCAAGCCGUCCGUCACGACCCCGUAAGCGGCGACCGGCGACUGGGAAAGCCCCUGAACCAACCCACAUGCGGGCAUUUGUCGAGCAGCUGCAAAGUCAGGUGGCGGAUUUGACCAAACGCCUCGAUGAGGCUAAGGAACAGAAAGACCAGCUGCCUGUUGUAACCAAGGCGACCAGGGGGCCAAAGCCAACUUUAAUAACGUCACCAGUAGAUGAGUAUGGUGGCUUGAGCAACGCGAUCGGUUCGAUUACUGGUUCGAAGUCGCCUCCCUUGGAGUUGCCGCCUUUCGCCGAAGUAAUGCCCGCCGUACAGAUGUAUCUUGACCACUUCAAUUCAGUAACUCCCCUGUUUCACCCUGGUACUUUGCUGGGCCUAGUCAAUGAUUUCUACGAAUUUCCAAACCGCCGAGAUACCGCGUCUUGGGCUGCCAUUAACAUUGUGUUGGCCCUCACUUACAGGCAAGUCAUGCUCGGUGGUUUGGGAGUCGAUAAUGGCACGGACGUGGCUCUUGAUCAUCUUAGUAAGGCCCAGUCCGUCCUCUCGGAUUUGCUUCUUGGUGAACCAAAACUGCUACACGCGCAAGUUAUCCUGGGUAUAGUUACCAUGCUUCAAAUCUCUAAAAGUUUGCAGCCGGCCAUGGUCCUCAUGGGCGCGGCGAUGCGUCUAGUUCGCGGGCUUGGGCUGCAUACACGUGCUUCUACGGCUCAUCUUGAUAGCGAGACCGCUAAAGAGCACACUUAUGUGUUUUGGAUUGCUUAUAUCCUCGACAAAGAUAUCAGCAUGCGGGUGCGGAGUCCUUCCAUUCAGGGUGAUGAUGAGGUUGAUGUUGACAUGCCCAUGGCUGCCAUUGACGAUCACCGGGGCGCAGAUGGCAGUAAGAGAAAGUUGGACGGUGGUGUGAUUACCACGGUGAAUGGAAAUGUGGCAAUAGACUUCUUCUUGACCCGCAUUCGUCUUGCCAUCAUCCAGGGGGGUGUUUACGACUACCUCUACUCAGUACGGUCUCAAGCACGAAGCCCAGAAGAGCGCAACCUUGCAACUUCCAGCCUCGUCAAUGCCCUUCAAGAAUGGCAAUCACACAUCGCGCCAGAAUUCGAUGCCGCGUCGGCAGCUGGGAACGUAUCUCCUACCGCACUCCCCUUUAUUUGCUCACUCCACGCCACUAGCUUCGCCUCUCUCGCGAUGAUUAAUGAGGCAAACGCCUGGAAUCAACAAUGGGUGAUAAAUAUCCGCAAGUACCCCGGAACCUGUGCUGAUCUUCAUCCGCGUUCCCGCUGGGAGCCGCUGGUGGAACAUGCAAGGGAUUUUGCUGUCUUGUUCGAGAGCAUCCCUCCAAGCGGCUAUGCCUUGAUCUGGGAGACGAUCUGCGCGUACUUGACGGCUGUAAUGCUGGUGGCGGCAAACAAUGCCCACCGUCCAUUUUCAGAUAAUAUGCUCUCGGACAUGAAACUUACCAGGAAAGCUGUUCAGCUCGUCGACGACAUUUUUGGCAGUCAGACCUUCCCGGAAAGCGGCCAGGUUCAUUUGGUUCGGAACGCAUGUGCCGACUUGAAUCAGAACGCGCUGAGAAGGUGGUAUGAGAAAUUCGGAACGGCAUAA